AGGUUGGUUUGGGUUUGGGCUUAGGGCUGUUCAGGGUUCAAGAAAUGUAGUUCCUGGCUUUGCCAGAUGGGCAUUUCGGUGGGUUUGAACAAGAAAGGAGAGCAGGGAGAGGGGAAGGGGACUCACAUUUGUGGAACACCUACCAUGUGCCAGGAACCAUCCUGGGUGCUGUUGUUAAUCCUCCCUAUAGUCUUAUGCUGCAGAAAAUGGCCUUUGGUUUUAUGCAUGAGGAAACUGAGGCUUGGAGAGAUACACCCUGUAUCCUGGGACAGCUGAAAGGAGGUGGAGGCAGACUCUCAAGCUGCCUGCCUGACCCUGCAGCCUGUCCUCUGUCCAUUGCACCAGGGAUGUGACAUUUGACUUCCUCAGAUGUAUAGACUCGGUGCUGAGUGCUUUACACACAUCCACUCAUUGCAUUCUCACCUUGAGGUAAGGGCUAUCUCCAUUUUACAGAUGAGAAAACUGAGGCUCAGAGAGAUGAAACGACUUGCAUAAUUUUGUCAAAGUAGCACUGCAACUAAUGGCCAUCAUUUAUUGAGGGCAUACUGUGUGCCAGGCACCAGAUUAAGAACUUUAAGUGCCUUAUUUCAUUCAGUCCACUAACCAACACUAUGAAAUGGAAACUGUCAUGAUUACCAUUUUACAGAUGAGAAAAGUGGGGUACCAAGCCAAAAAAAAACAAAGCUGUCGCAACUGAGUCGAUUUUAACUCAUAGUAGAUUUUGACUCAUAGCGACCCUAUAGGGCAAAGUAGAACUGCUUCAUAGAGUUUCUAAGGAGCGCCUAGAGGAUUCAAACUGCCGACCCUUUGAUUAGCAGCCAUAGCUCUUAACCACUACGCCCCCAGGGUUUCCAACUGGGGUACAGAGAGAUUAAAUAACGUGUUGAAGAUCACGCGCUAAUAUGCAGUAGUUUUGAACCUAGGCCUGUCUGAGCAGAGCCCAUAGUCUUCCUGCUGUACCUGGAAAGUAACUGUCACUACAUACUGUGUGUCUGGCCUGAUACUAAGGUCCAGUAUUGCUACCUUGAUUUUAUAGAGGGGAAGACGAAGACUCAGGAAGGUUAAGGAACUUGGGUUGGGUCAUAAGCUGGUAAGUGGCAAAGUCAGGAUUCAAACCCACAUCUCUUACGUUAGAGUUGAGGUUCGUAACCUCAAACCAGGUCUGGCUAUCUUUGUUGAGCUUUUUGCCUCUUGAAUGCUGAAAAGCCAAGUGGGUUGAGGCACUCCAGGUUCCUGCAGGUUCCUGCCCUGGCUUGGCUCUGGCCUUCUGGGAAAGGUCUUUCUGAAGGCACCACUGUCCUUCCUUGUCCCUCUUGUACCUGUGGUGUGGGUGAGCAAUGCCCAGGGCCAGAGUUAUCAGAUGGAAAAGGCUGCAGUUCACAUUUCUCUUUCUUCCCCAAGUGCCAAGGAUUGGUUUCAUAAGGGAAGCAUCAAAACAAUUGUCAAAAGAGACUAUAGGCAGCCCACGAGUUACGAACAAGAUCCGUUCCUAAGUCUGUCUUUAAGCCGAAUUUGUAGGUGAGUUCAAACAGGUACCUAUGGUUCUUAUUUAGCAUCAGUUAGUCGAAUGUUUGUCUUAGUAUGUACUAUAUCUUUUACCUUUCUAUGCUCAUAAAAUACUUAAGAAACACUUCCAAGCUCCAUUGUUUUCAUGAGCAUCACAAAGUUAUGCAUACGUUCCUUGUUACAAACCAUUGUAUGUACACUAUUUCCUUUCUCUUCUCAGGUCAGGCCAAGCAAGGGGGCUAGAGGGUAGAGAGUGGAGGAGGACCCUGAUGGACUCAUUCAAGAUUAAAUACAGGUCGCCACGGCCAAGCUCGUGUGCAGAGGAAGCAAGCUGGGACACUGCUCCCAGGAAGAGCCCAGCGUCCUGACCUCUGAUGAUGGAGAUCACCUCCAAAGAGCCUGAUUCUCACAUCUGAAUAUCUGACAUGAUCAUUUUUACGUAUGCCUCUUGUCACUUGUCACUUUAGUCCCGUGCCUGUCUCUUUUCCUUGUUCAUUUCCAUUUGUCUCACGGUUUAUACUACGUUGUACUUGAAAGGAAUGUGUGUGAGUGUGUGUGAGGACCUGUGUGGUUUGGGCUGUGUUGUGCCUCUACAAGUUUCCUUUGGUGUUGAAAGGAAAAGGUAUUUCUCUCCUUUCCAAGCAUGUUCUGCAAAUUGAUGAACAUUUGCAAAUUGCUUUGAGAUGCGUUAAUUUAAGGUGUGAAAUAAUAGAUCUUGUGUGAAGGCUCAGCCACAUUUCUGGCAUUGAUGGAUUUCUCUCCCGUCUGGCCUGUGAUUUAGGGAGGUAAAAAUAGUCCUUGUUUCCACAUUUUUAUCUUUUUUUUUUUUUUGCUGACAUCAUUCUUAGGAAGCAGUGUGCACAUGCCACGCUGAACUUUCCUUGGGCAUCAGAGCUCUGGGGAGCAAGGGUGCUCCUGGAACGAGGGGAUUGUCUGCGGUGGUGUGGGCACCCCAGGUGUCUAUGAAGUUGUUUUGAAUUGAGCAGGCAGUGGAUGGCUGAGCUUGGAUGUAAACCAGGGACAGGCUCUUAGAGGCCUCAGUGGCUCCUUGGUAUCUGGCCAUCUCCUCAUUUCUGACUCUUGGGUAGUGAUGAGAUAGCUUUUUGGGAAAAUUUUAGUUUAAAAAGAAAAAUUCAGGUCAGUGACUUUACUCAUUCCUGUCCAAACUGGGUGACGUACACGCAGUCCUGUCCUUUGGCCAAACCUGGAUUAAGCCAACAGCCUUCUCAGACUUGUCUUCCAGACAGGAGCCAACGUUUGGGCAGAUCAGUGGUGGUGUAAUUUCCUGUGACGUCAAAUCUGGGAACUUGAACUUGGAGUGUGAUCUAGCAUUUUGACAUCUGUCCCUCUAAUAGGACUUGCUUGUGUGGACAGACUCACACACGCAGGACCCGGGUUUGCUCCAGGCUGCACCGUUGUCUCCAGUUCUGGAUUUUUCCACAGGCAGCUUCUCGGGUGGUCUGGUUGCAAAGGCACCAAACUUCUAACCAGGCCGUGUUGGCCUUCACUGGCUGGAUCACAGCACCCCGCUGUGCGCUCUAUCUGAGGGGAGGCCAUUGGAGUUGAAAGGUGGCGUAACCGUGAUCUGAAAUGCAUUCAGUUCCAACGGCUGUUCUUUCUUUUAGACAUCUGCAUGGUGGUGACCUCAUAGAAAAGAAAAAGGGGGCUUUAUGUAGGAAUUCCAUAGAGUGUGAAGGAAUUCUGACAAGGGGAGGGGGAGGGAAGUCGCCACUGGGAGCCUGGAGUGUCUGCAUUUUACUUGUUUAACCCUCACAUUUAACCCUCACAUUUCAAAAUUAGGCAGUGCUUGACCACAGGGAACAGAAAUCCACUUAAGGGACAGUUCCUCUACCCCCGUGUCCUAGUUGAGGCUGCUGGGCUUAGCUCCUCACACACGUCCUUACUGCAGGUGAAUGAUAGAGUUGGGAUUUGUCCAGUGCCCCCUUCUCCAACGCCUGCCCUCUCUUGUUCCUUGUUGCCCAAGAAACUGGAAUUGUUGAGAAGAGAUCAGCAAAGACUUGGAGUUACUUUACCAGUGAACUAACACUCUGAUCAUAGAUAAGGAAUUCAGCAGGCUCACAAUCCAAUGACGAGCUUUGCGAGAGAAUACAUUGUUGUGGACUUUUGGAGUUGGGAAAACACUCACCAUCUACCACAAUCACCCAUUUUACAGAAUAGAAACUGAGACCCAGAGAAGGGAAGAUGCUUACCGACAACCACAUUAAGAACUUGAGCUUUGGCAAGGCUUGAGUCCCAGACUUGCCACUUGUGAGCAAGUCACAUCUCUUUGGGCCUCAGUUUCCUCCUCUGGAAAAAAGGGUUAAUACUAUGACCUCAUAAGGUUUGGGGGAAGUAAAUGAAAUAAUGCACAUGAAGUGCUCAGCACUGGGGUAGCACCUAGCAAGUACUUGAUGGCACUACCCAAAUUUUGUGAGAUGUUGUUGUAUGCCACUGAGUUGAUUCCAACUCAUAGUGACCCUAGAAGACAGAGUACCACUGCCCCAUAGGGAUUCCUAGGCUGUAAUCUUUACAGGAGCAGAUUGACAAGACUUUUCUCCCACUGGUAGGCUCGAACCAUCGACCUUUCAGUUAGCAGCCAAACACCUUAACCACUGCUCCACCAGGGCUUCUUGUAAGAAAUGUUACAAACUAAUUACUAAGGACUUCCCAGGGGCACAGAGCCAGAAAGGUUGGCUCUUUGUCCAGAGGGUUUUCAAUACCACUGCAUUGAGGCCUUACACAGGGUGAGUGGGGUAUGGGGGGCCCCCUCCAAGUACUGCUGAAGUGCUUUUCAAUGACCGUGAUCCCAAAUUAGAGGGGAAGGAGACAGUGGCAGUUUGGAAAGAGGCAAGAUUUGAAUGGCAGGAUGGCCCUGUAAAGCCAGAGGAAAAUGUUUGUAAAUCAGUGUUUUGCUUUCCUCCCCACCCACCCCCCACAAGGUGGGGAAAGUGAGCCAUAAGUUUUGGUGCAUCUUCUCAGAGUUGGAGAGUCUCGGGACACCUGAGAGCUGUGUCAGCCGAGGCGUUUUAUUAAGCAAGGCAGAUGUUUUGUUAAUUAUUUACACAGCCUUGGCCCCAUCAGAGGUCUGUACUGACAGGAGUGGCUGUCACAGACUCGGGCAGGCAGUGGGGCUGGCAGUUCUUGGUCAGAAGUGAGCAAGAGGCCCACUCCCUAUAAGGAGACCUUGUGGAGGGCCCACCCGAGAGGCCCAAGGAAGUCCCUGCCUGUUUUGCACUCCCUCCUAAACUAUUUGGGGUUCCCUCAGACUGGUUCUUUUCCUUGAGGGGGAGGAAAGUGAUCCUUGUUCUCUGGAAAUGGCCACCCCUUCUGAGGCAACUUCUGCUGGGAUUCUGCUGGAAUUAGCUAUUCAGGCUGGUGUCUCACCCGAGACACCACCAUGGUUUAUGUGGUGGGAGAAAAACCUCAGCAGGUUCUGGGGAUCUUUGAAUCCAGGACUUCCACUCCCCAGCUGAGUCACCUCAUGCAAGGGCCUCUCACGAGCACAGCUUCCACUUCCUCAUCUGGAAAAUGGGAGAGUAACCCCAGGCUCAUGGCCCUUGAUUCUUGGGUACCAUUUGGGGUGAUUUGCCUUAAAAUCGAACUUUAGAAUUUGAACCCUGGAAAGAAAGAAGCCUGGGAUCAUAGCCUUCCCCGAAAGUCCACUAAGAAUGAGGGAUGCAAGCUCUUCUCUUGUUACCUGUUAGAUAUAAGGAGGUUUGCAUAGGAGUUAAUUUAAGAAAAGGCCCUGAUGCUUAAAAAUUGCAAAGGGUAAAAGUUCCUCAUUUUGUACAUGGGACACUGAGGCUCAGAGAGCGACCAUGACCGGCAUAAAGUUCCCCCAUGCAGCCUGUAGCUGCAGUGCAGCUUAAAUCAGAUCACCGUCCCAACUUUCAGACCAAGAACCUGUUCAUGGGCUGGGCUGCUGGUGCUGUAGAAACACAGACAAUUCACUGCCAUGUGAGUUGAGUAGAGUCUAUAUCCUGUUAACCAGGCAUGUCUGUGGUGGCUGGUAUGGAGCAUAUUCAUUCACUCAUUCAUUCAAGAAAUAUGUUCCUAUAUUUGGGGUCAGGCAUUGUGCUGGGAGCUGGGACAGAGAUACUCUAACAGCCUUGGUCCUCAGCCUCUGACCACCUGGUGGGGACAGAAGUUGUGAAUGACCACUUUGUAGGUGCUUGUGAACAAUUUGCAGCAGGCAUCCUUUGGGACUUGCUUUCUGGGGAAAUAGGAGUACCUCCAGGAGUGAGGGGUGUCUGAGGCAGCCUUGAUGGAGAUGUGAGGUUUGCUGGAUAGAGAGAGGGUGUUUGGAGGCCAGAGGCCUAAAAGGGUUGGAGUAAAGGGCAGGCAGACCACAGGAAGAGUGCGUAGGUAGGGAGAUGUGGGAUGGGGAGCUGGGUGCAGAAAUGAGGUUCUGGGCUGUGGAACGUAGGUACCAUUAUGCCCAUUUUAUGGAUGAAAAAACAGAGGCACAGAGUCCAGGAUUCAAAGCUUGUCAUUAUCCAUAAGGAGCUGAGCACCCAGCGGCUCCAUAGGAGAAAGACUUGGUGAUCUGUUCCUGUAAAGAUUACAGCCUAGAAAACUCUAUAGGGCAGUUCUGUUCUGUCACACGGUGUCGCUAUGAGUCGAAAUCAAUUUGACGGCACCUAACAACAAUAACAACAAAUUAUCCUUAGUGUAACUAUGGUGGGUUAGGAGACAGAGGGCAGAGGCUGCCCUCUGGAAGAGCCCAUUAUGCAGGCUAUGAGCUGAUGCAGGAAGAGACAGCCAGGCCCAGGACCUGGGAGAGGGCCUCCCAGGCAGCCGGAACGAACAGCAGGUACCAAGGUACUGCGCUAGGGGCACAGCCUGUCCAGUACCUAAGAGAAGAAAGGCCAAGAAGCUCAGCUGCAGAAAACACUGAGCUGCAGAGGCCCGUCAGAGACUGGGUGAGAUUUGGUCUUUGUGGUAAGAGCAAUAGGGCACGUUUACUUCACCAACCUCCCUUCUUAACAGUUUCCUCCCUGCUCACUGCUCCAGCUCACUGGCCUCUUACCUUUCCUCACCUAAGCUCAGUGCACUCUUACCUUGCUACCCCCUCUUCCUGGAAUCCUUUUCCCCAGUUAUUCCCCAGAUAUUCACUGCCAAUGUCAUUUCUCCAGAGGGGCUACACCGAGCCCACCUGAUCAAAAUUAACCCCUUGCCUCUCUCUCCGUUCCCUGACCUGACUUUUUUUUUUCUUUGUGGCCCAUACCCUUCCCUGACAUCAUAUGUUUGUCAUGUGCCUCCCAGUCUAGAGUGUAAGGACUUGGUCUGUGGACCACAACUGCAUCCUUAGUGCCUAGCACCAUGCCUGGCACAUAGUAGGUUCUUAGGAUUUAUUGAAUGAAUGAGAAGUUUCAGGUGGGCAAGUGGCAGGAUUCUUGGAGAAUGUUAAUACGGAGUUAACAGAUCUGUUAGUCAACUUUGUUAGCUGCAAGGAGGCCCCUUGGACAGCAAAGGGCUGAGUUGUGCCCAACCGACCCCCUCUGGAGAAGAGGUUUUUCUAGAGAAAGGGCUUAUCCUUGAGUUACUUCAGGUAGGAGGAACUCUAUUGCCAAACCAUAGCCCAGAGGGCUUCUCCAGCCUCUGGUUCCAGGGUCUCCUUCUUUUGCCCCUUUUCGCAGAGGCAGCUGCUGAAUGUUUGUCUAAGAGGGGCUUUGGCGAUGAAAUGGGUAGGUGCCGAGAAUCAUGUCUUAAAGCUGCAUUUUUGUACCAACCACACUUUUUUUUAAGAGGGUAUAUAUUUUGGGGGUGCUUUGGAAAGAAGAAGGUGCUAGGUCCCCCCAAGCCAUCUCUGGACGCAGACACUGCUGUUCAGUGAAUGAGGUGGACCUCAGAUUCUGCCCCAGGCCAGAAAACAGGGAGUCCCAGAGUUGAAAGAGGAAACGAUUCCCCAGCUGGUGUGGCCUUGGCAGGCCACCAGGGUGGGUGCCCAGAUGGCGGGAUCACUAGGCACCACAUGGCAGACAGACAGGGAGCGGGGAGAGGGCAUCCACGCCCUAGGCUCAGCAGGUCUGGUGAGCCCCCAGCUGGAUUCGGUUACAGCAGGCUCUCAAGUGUGGACUUGGCAAGGCUGACUCUGUGUGUGUGUGUGUGUGUACUUCCUUUGUUCAUCUCCCCCAGGAAUUUUCGUGGCCUUUUGUGCUUGUUUUAAAUGCCAACCGCCUCAGCUAGCCCAGAAGGAAAUGCAGACAAGGUUUUUGUCUGUGUAGAGGCUGGGAACAAGGGUGGGGACCUCCUGCUCUUGGGACGGCUUGAUGGUGACAGAGAGGCGUUUGGGAAACAUUCUUCAGCUUGCUCUAAGGGUGAUGGGCACAGUGGGUGCUGUCUUGGCCCCUGGAUGGGGCUGUGGGCCACUGAGAUGAAUAAGACUCGUGUCCAGGUUUCAUGGGGCCAUUCUGCAAGCAGCAGCCAAGUACCACUCGGGGCCUAGCCCUUUGCCGGCCACCAGGAAAAACACACAGGAUUCAGGCAGGGUCCCUGCCUCAUCUUCUUGGGAAAGCACGCAAAGGAAAUACUUCAAUCCAAGCUAGCAACUUUCUUUUCAACAUACUUCGUGGUAUCCUAGGUGUUCAGACGUCGGUCAUCUGUACGGUAGGCACGUGAUAACCAUGGUUUCCAAACUCCCCAAGGGGCAGCGGUCUGUAAAAGCAUUUUAGUGUCACUUGGGGCAAAGAGGUAGUUUGGAAGACCCUGUUUGGUCACUGAUGUGUGAGAAGUUCCUGGAUAUUCGAAUGUGGGUGGCAUCUUUGAAAUUGCUCAGUGCUGAAAAUUCCGGAACAUAUGGUCCCUGUGAUGUGCUAAUGUUAGCAAUCGAGAUAUUUAAUUACCCAGAAAAACUCCUUUUCCUACCCACCAAGGGUUACUGGAGAGCCUUUAUUUCUCAGGAGGAGGGUCUUACACAGUGUACUCUGAACCAGCAGACUGGGAGUCAUUAUCCCUCAUUAAUUUAUUAGCUAAUUAAGUGAUUUACCCAGUCAUGCAUUUAUUCCUUCAGUCACUGUUCAUCCAGCAAUGUUCACUGGGUUCCUAGUAAGGGCCUGGCCCAGUACUGGGCACUGGGGAUAGAAUGAAACAGAACAAAUGUUACUGCAUCCCCACUGUGUGCCCACUGGGUGGUGCAGCAUGGUACAGGUGCAUUAAUUCACUUCUCAGCACACAUUUGCUGAGCACCUACUAUGCCCAGAUCUGUGGAGAUGCAGAAAUGGAAAUGAUACAGCCCCCAGCGGUCUGAACUCUUGCCCCAUUUUGAUGGGGUCUCUUGGUCCCAACCAUCUGCCCUUCCUGUUCACAGGCCGCACGAUAACAUCCCUGGAACGAACCGGGAACAAUCCAGAUGCCCCAGGAACCAACGUCAGAACAAGGCAUCCCCUUCACACGUCGUGUCUCAGUUCAGCGUCUUGCCACCACCCAGCAUUUUGAGACAGAAUCCUGUGCCCUCGUGAAGCUGGCAUGCAGGAUGGCAGGACAGCCCAGCCCCAUUCCGCAUGGAGGGAGCCCAAACAACCUCUGCCACAGUCCAGGGCCUGCACACCCUUCCGACCCACAGAGGCACCCGACCACCCUAUCUUUUCGCUGCUCACUGGCAGACUUCCAGAUUGAAAAGAAGAUAGGCCGUGGGCAGUUCAGUGAGGUGUACAAGGCCACCUGCCUGUUGGACAGGAAGACAGUGGCUCUGAAGAAGGUGCAGAUAUUUGAGAUGAUGGACGCCAAGGCAAGGCAGGACUGUGUCAAGGAGAUUGGCCUCCUGAAGCAAUUGAAUCAUCCGAACAUCAUCAAGUAUCUGGACUCGUUUAUUGAGGACAAUGAGCUGAACAUUGUGCUGGAGCUGGCUGACGCAGGCGACCUCUCGCAGAUGAUCAAGUACUUUAAGAAGCAGAAGCGGCUCAUCCCCGAGAGGACGGUGUGGAAGUACUUUGUGCAGCUGUGCAGCGCCGUGGAGCACAUGCACUCACGCCGGGUCAUGCACCGAGACAUCAAGCCAGCCAACGUGUUCAUCACGGCCACGGGUGUCGUGAAGCUGGGUGACCUCGGCCUGGGCCGCUUCUUCAGCUCUGAGACCACCGCGGCCCACUCCCUAGAUGAGGAAACUGAGGCUCAAAGGUGAUAACCCAUGCCUAGGGUCACCCAGCAAAAGAAUACUGAAAAAGGAUACUGAAGCUGCAUGUCAGCCCAGCUCCAAGAGCUCUUCUCCCAUGCAUCAGCCCACAGCAUGGCAGGAAGUAGGCUUGGGUUGUGGGUGCCCAGAGAAGGGGCCGAGAUGGGACGCCCCACAAGCUUUCUGACUGGAGAGGAUGCCCAGCGCCGAACCAGACAGGGAAAGCCCAUUCCAUUUCACACCAGUGAGAGAUGAGCUGGGACCAGGAGGGCUUGUCCUGGGCCCCACAGGUAGGGAGCAUGGAGCCUUCUCGUGUUGUGUACAAGCACUCCCACUGGCCCCUGGGCCAACGGGAGUCCAGUGUGGGCUACCCUGUGCUGUGGUGUUUGCCCCCCACCCGACCUGCAUAGGGGGAUGGACUGUGCUCAUGCCCAGGCGCUUCUGGUGGUAGUGCUCAUUGGGUGGGCACAAAGGGCCAUGAGAUGCAUCCCUGGGUCUCCAUCCAGCCUCUCACACCCCCUUCCAGCAGCACAGGGCACCUGGGAACAAUCCUUGGGAAUACUGUCUUCUAGCCCAAAACACCUUUGUCAACAGAUAGAGCUCAAGCCUGAGUUUUCAGGGGAUGCUCUGAGUACUGACACCUGGGAGGGAGGUCACACAUGGCUGGGGAGUGGUGCCUGGCUUGUCUGCCAUGUUCCUGGCAUUUUCAGGGCACACAGUGUUAAAGAGGCAAGCUGAUGCCAGAAGGGGGAAGGGGAGGAACUCAAGGGGACAGCAAGUGAGGAAUGGGCCUGGGCCUAGGAUGCCAACCACAGUUGUUUGGUUUGUUCAUCAAGGCCCCACUCUGCUCACUGGGGAGAUUUUCUUGGCCCCUGCCUUCACAGGACCCUCAAUUUGGGAAGAAAAUCCAUUAGAGUUCUCACUGAGCCAAGCACUAUUCUAAUGAUCACUUGCCAAGUAGUAUCUCAUUAGUGCUUCCCAGGUAGUAUCUCUCGGGUAAGCAUUACCACACUCAGUUGCAGGUGAGCAUUACCAGACCCAGGUGCGAAAGAAGACACAGUAAAGUGAAGCUCCAUUGCUACAUGCCUGAGGCAUCUACAGUCAGGGCCCUGGGGAGGCCAAAAUCAAUCUGUGAUUCCCUGAGCUUUUUUGGAUGAAAAACCCUUGUACCACGAAAACACAGGAUGCUGUGUAGAAUCACAGGUUUGCUCUAUCUGAUUCACAUUGGUUAAAGAUACUCAAUAUGAGAACUAGACAUGGGUAGGGAUUUGUACGACAAAAACAAUCUGAAAUUAAGUCAAUGUUGAUAAAAGUACAAAGUUUUUUCGAAAUCCCCACUUCUCCUGUGGUCUUUGCUUAGCUCGGCAUGGGCCAGCUUGGUUGGUUCAAAUCCAUCUAGAGGUGCCUCAGAAGAAAGGCCGGGCCAUGUACUCCUGAACGGUCGCAGUCAUUGAAAACCCUGUGGAACGCAGUUUUAAUCUGAAACACAUGGGGUCACCAUGAGUCAGAAUGGACUCCAAGGAAAAGGGUUUGGUUUUGGCUUAAGGCAAGCAUGGUGCUGGUGGUGGUGUGCAUGUUGCUGCCAAGAUCCAAUGCUGAUAUUUAGGGGGCAGAUGAGUGGAGGAGUCUCAGAUGCGAGGCUGAGGAUCUGACUUUUCUCCCUUAGGGAUGG